AUGAGUGACGUUUGUAAAUACAUUCAAGUCGAGGCCGACGACGGCUGCUGGGCACUGGCGGACCGCUGUGGCAUCUCCGAGGACGACCUUGUGAAGUAUAAUCCUGGGGAUGGCUUCUGUGACAACCUCAUUCUUGAUCAAUACGUCUGUUGUUCAGAGGGUGAUCUGCCAGACUUUUCGCCCAGGCCUGAUGAUGAUGGCAACUGCUACGUCUACGUUGUUCAGAAGGACGACAACUGCGCUGAUAUCGCCAAGGCAAACAAGAUCAAUGACUGGGAGAAGAUCGAAGACUGGAAUACACUUACAUGGGGCUGGAUGGGAUGCGGUUCGCUACCGGAAAAGGCCAACAUCUGUCUCAGUGAGGGUGAUCCGCCAUUUCCAGCCACAGUUGAUGCUGCUGUUUGCGGUCCUCAGAAAAGUGACACCAAAAAGCCAGACAAAGGCAGUGUCUGGGACUGGGCCGACCUGAACCCAUGCCCCCUCAACGCCUGUUGCGAUGUCUGGGGCCAAUGCGGUAUCACGCCGGAAUUCUGCACCAAUUCCACGGAGGACGGCGGAGCCCCAGGCACGGCCAAAAAUGGCACUAACGGCUGCAUAUCUAACUGUGGCACCGAGAUCAAGAGUACAUCCACCCGCCCCGGUAGGCCGAUGCGCAUCGGCUACUUCGAGGCGUGGAAUCUUGACCGGCCCUGUGCCAAUAUGGACAUUUCCAAGAUGACGGAUGGUGACAUUUAUACGCAUAUCCAUUGGGCCUUCGGCAAUAUCACAGACAGCUGGGAGGUGGACGUCAGCGGUCUACAGGAACAGUUUGACGGGCUGAAAGAGCUUGAAGAUAUCCAGAAGAUUCUGAGCUUUGGUGGUUGGGGGUUCUCAACUGAGCCCUAUACGCACAAUAUUUUUCGGGAGGGCGUCAAGGAUGGCAAUCGUCAGAUUCUUGCUGCCAAUGUUGCCAAGUUCGUUAACGAUAAUGACCUGGACGGGGUGGACUUUGACUGGGAAUAUCCUGGUGCGCAAGAUAUUCCAGGCAUUCAACCAGAUAGCCCUGACUCAGGCAAGAACUAUGCCGCAUUCCUGAAGCUUGUUCGGGAGGCGUUGGAUGAAGACAGGACCAUGUCGAUGGCUCUUCCGGCAUCUUACUGGUACCUCAAGGGCUUUGACCCUCUGACCCAGUACGAUGAGUACAUGGAUUAUUAUGUCUACAUGACCUACGACCUUCACGGCCAGUGGGACUGGAACAACACAUACGUCAACCCCGGUUGUCCGCUCGGGGAUUGCCUCCGCAGCCAUGUAAACAAGACUGAGACAGAGUACGCCCUGUCGAUGGUGACCAAGGCUGGACUGCCGUCUAUCAAGAUCGUUCCUGGUCUCGCCCUCUACGGGCGCAGUUUCGAGAUGACAGACCCAGACUGCAAAGGGCCGGAGUGCAAAUUUACUGGGAAGGAGUCUGGUGCCACCAAGGGUUCCUGCACCAAUACUGCCGGAUACAUUUCGAAUCUCGAGAUUUACAGCCUGAUUAACCAAGCGAGCAACAUCGACGACGAGGAAGACCCUGUCAGCAUUGAGCAGUACGAGGACGAGGGCGACAUCUUAAUCUACAACAACAACCAGUGGGUGUCCUGGCUCACCCCCGAAAGCUACAGUGCCCGCCAACAAUGGUACGACGAGCUGCACUUCGGCGGCAGCGUCGACUGGGCCAGCGACCUCAACAGGACAUACGGCAACAACGGCACAGGUGACCAAGAGGAUACAGACGACGGAUGGGGGAACCUUGAGCCCUGUCCACAGAUUGUCUUCCCAUAUCUUGAAGGACUCCAGACAGGCAUCGACAACGGCAUCCCCGACUACUGCAUCCCGGAGAUGACACUCGACACGCUUACCUGGAUGCUCGACGUGGCGUACGGAAACUAUACCGAUGUGAACAACGGCUACGACGAGAUGUUUGACUACUACGUCAAGUACAUCGAGAAGAUCAUCCCCUCCGUGCUCAACAACGCAUUCAUGCUCAACAUGAGCACCACAGACACGAACCAGCUGGUCCCCGACGACGGUUACGGCAUGCAAUACUUCGACUGCCGAUUCCCUGAGCAAGACGACUGGGUCUCCUGCGCCAAGUGGGACGAUAACCUUGACGCGCUCUGGCGAUACCUCGACGCCACUGAUCUCAAGCUCCGCGACGAAGAUGGCUUCGACAAAGCCCUCGCCACUGCUGGUCUGAUGCGCGACUGGAUCGACUUCGGCGAGUGGUCCAUCACGCGUCGCAAUCUUGCUGUUCGGCCGCCGGAGUCGACCACGCUCAGCUUCACGGGUUGGCCUAUAAGGAAUGAGUCCAUGGUCGUUAGUAACCCCAAGGAUAUUGUUACAAAGGGUUUACCGGAUAUUCCAACUUUGAGGGAAGAAAUGCAGGCGACCAGGCUGGAGAUCAUGGCCGGGCUCUGGAUUGGUGGUGAUCCAGGCGCUGCUGCUGUGGCGUAUACGCCCCCUGUGCUGAUGCUGGAGCAGGCUGUUGACAGCAUGAAGCAGGCUAAGGAGCUCGGCGAGAAGGAGGAAGAGGAAGAAGAAGAGGAGGAGCGGAAGCGUAUGGAGAACAUCAUCUUGCUUGUGAUAGGGGUCGUGUUGAUGUUUGUGCCGGUGGUUGGCACUGAGGUGGCAGCUGGACUGGGCUUUGCGAACGUGGCUCGGGUUAUUGCCAUCGCGGGGGAACUAGGCAAUGCGGCUAUGGCUACGUAUGACACGGUCAAUGACCCAGCCUCGGCGGUUGUUAAUAUGCUGGGCAUGUUGUUCGGGGCAGGCAGUAUUGCGAAGGUGGCGCGCGACGCAAAGGGACUUACGAAGGUUGCGGACUGGAGAAGGGGCAUGAAGACAGGCGAGAUCUCCUCCAUGGGCAAGAUCUUCCAGGAUGGCGAUAGUAAGGUACAAGCCAUCGUUGGGAAGAUGUGCAAGCUGUGA